AUGGAGCCGCAGCAUCCCCAUCCAUCUCGCCCUCAUUAUCCUCACCUACUUAACCUGCACCCCGCCACAUCCGUCUCUUCCCCCUCCUCUCCUCAGCCCACCCUGAACCGAACCGGCGGCAACACGCCCGUAUCCUCGCCCGGUGUAUACCGCCUGGCCAACUGUUCCACUCCUCCGAUCAUGGCCUCGUCAAUGGCCGCGCUGUCGGAGAGCGCUCCCCCUACUCCUGCCCGUCCCUACAUUGACCCGUCUUAUACUUUCCCACUAAAGCCAGUGCGAGAGACACAUACAGCCUACGUCGAGCGUGACUUUGCCACUGGCCGGAAGACAAUCAAUGAGUACCAGGUCAUCGAAGAGAUUGGCCGCGGCCAACACGGCAAGGUCAAGUUGGCCAGCGACAGCUCCAACAAUCACAUGGUAGCCAUCAAAAUCAUUCCUCGUCUCUCCAAGACCCGGCGUCUCGGCAAGGUCUCUGCUGCCGACCCCCAGCAGAACACGAAACGCGAGAUUGCCAUUUUGAAGAAGAUUCGGCACGAGAACGUCGUCGCUCUCCUAGAGGUCAUCGACGACCCAGAACUACAAAAAAUCUACAUGGUCCUCGAACACGUCGAGCGCGGAGAGAUUGUCUGGAGGAAAAAGGGCUUGCCCAACAUCUGCUACUUUGAGCGCUACCGCAUCGAGAAGGGAAUGCAUGGCCAAGUGCUGCCUCCCGGCGAGCAUACCUGGUCUGACGUGGUUGACCGAAAAGCGACGCUUCGAGCACUCCGAGAGGCAAGCGCCAAGAACCUCCCGGCUCCGGUGAAUCGGUGGACCACGCAGUUCGGUGUCACCGUCAAUGAUGACGACGACGGACAGCUGCCCUGGUGGUUCGUUGCUGAUACCAGCGCUGAGCUCGACCCUCCUCCCUUGGCCUCUCCGGCCACGUCUCGAGACACUUCCCGCGGGCCGUCACGCGUGGCCUCAUCCACAUCGGUGAUGAGUGUUCCCACGCCUGCGUCGUACGACUCCGAGCCGUCGCCACUGUCGAUGAUGGUACAGGACGGCGAUUCGGGGGCAGCGACGCCAAGUCUGUUACACCCCAACCAUGCGGCAGCCUCUGCGCUGGAAGGAAGCAUGUAUGGGCCCUACACCGAUGACUCUGCCGGUAUCCGCCGGCGGUCGCCCAGCAUGGCCGAGUCGAUCUUCUCUCACAUGUCCAGCCUUGAUUUUAACGCUGUUGUGCAUGACCCAUACGCCGACGACUUUUCUUACGUGCCCUGCUUUAGCAUCGAGCAGGCACGGUCCACCUUUCGUGAUACCGUACUGGGACUCGAGUAUCUGCAUUACCAUGGAGUCGUCCAUCGAGACAUCAAGCCUGCGAAUCUGCUUUGGACGAAAAAAUUCCGCGUGAAGAUUUCCGACUUUGGUGUGUCAUACUUUGGACGGCCUAUUCGAGACGGAGAGCAAGACGUCUCCGUGUCAGAGGCUGAGGCUCUCAACUUCGACGAUGACCGCGAGCUUUCGAAGACUGUCGGCACCCCGGCUUUCUUUGCGCCUGAACUGUGCUACACCGAUCUCGACCAAGAGCCACCUAGAGUGUCAGAGCAGAUAGAUGUCUGGUCGCUCGGUGUAACGCUGUACUGCCUCAUCUUUGCCCGCAUCCCGUUCCUGGCGGAAGACGAGUUCUCCAUGUUCCGAAAGAUCGCUACAGAAGAGCCUUUUAUCCCAACCAGCCGGCUGAGGCCGGUGGGAAUCUUCACUGAUCCGACCGGAUCGUCGCUAUACCAGAGGACAAACACGCUUCCGUACCGAAACGAUGCCGCCCCGGAAUACGAAGAACUCAGCGAGUCGCUCCUGGACCUAUUGAGGAAGAUGCUGAUCAAAAACCCAGACCAGAGGAUUCGGCUUCGUGACGUGAAGCGCCACAGAUGGGUCACCGAAGAUAUUGACAAUGUUGAUGCCUGGCUCGAGACUACGGACCCGGCCAGAAGCCAGGAGCGGAGUAUCCAGGUUGACGACGCAGAAAUCGGCGAAGCCGUCGUCCCUCUCAGUUUGCUUCAGCGCGCCACCUCCGCAGUGAAACGUGUUUAUGGCAAGGUCAUCCACAGCCGAUCCGAACGCGACGAUAGCAUAGCGAUGACUUCACGGCGCCGGGCGAACAGCUCGGUUGCCAGCUCCAUCGGCGAAGCGCCUGUGUCACCGCUCCCCAUCUUUGGCGGUACUGCGACAGGUAGCAGCACUGUUCUCGGCCAUAGCCACAGUCAUGGCCACGGUCACGGUCACGGCCACAGUCUUGGUCACAGCCAUAGCCAUAGUCACAGCCGCAGCCACAGCCACCAUUUCCACCUCCACUCGGGCGGUCAUACACGAGACGAACGCCGGCCAAGUUUGCGUGGUGACGACUACCUUGCCACGGUCACCCAGAUGCCAAGCGAGCACCCGUUGUCCCAUAGCGUCACUGCCAGCCCGUACGGUUCGCCAGGCGAGAUUACCCCGAGUUCCGAGUCUGCACAGCGGCUGAUGUCUGCAGAGGCGCCAACGACGACUGUCCGACCAGAGACACCAGGUCUGCAACAUUCCGACUCUUUUGUCGACGGAGCCGUCGAUGACUCGUCCUCCAGCAGCUCCCCGUUGUCGAUGGUGCGCCAUACGCACUCACGGUCCAUCACCAAUGCAAUCCUGAGCCGCGACUCGAUCUUGCGGGAGAUUUUUAGUAGUCAUGCGACACCCUCUCCUGCCGACGCUAGCGCGGGCUCGAGCGUUGCGCCUAGUGUUGCCACAGUUGUUCGGCGAGCGAGAGAGGUUCGCUCGGCUACUGAUGUCGGUUUCCGGGCCCGAUCUGUUGACCGCGCUGGCAUCGUCUUCUCGAACUCGGACCAACGAGCCAGUCCCGUGGUUGGGCUGAACACAGAAGUUGCGCCAGGAAGCCUUCAGCGGCUCGAUACGACCAAGCUUGCACUUCCUUCGGCAUCUGGGUCUCCUCUGCCAUCUCCCCAAUUUUUCUCCCCAGGCGCCAUCGCCGCGUACUAUCAAAGCGACUCUGAGUCCAAUGUUCAGGCUGGCCGGCUUGCACAUGCCACUCCAGGCGAGAGGCCCGCAACAGCUCAUCGGGUUCAGGUCGUUUCGGGAAUACUACCUGAUAGGGCCACCCGCAGUGCAUCGAACAGUGUGUCUGUGGUCCAACAGCCCAGCAAUGCCAGUGCCGCACCUGUCACGCCUGCCACACCUGUCACGCCUGCCACACCUGUCACACCUGUCAAAAAAGUGACACCUGUCUCGCAAGAGCCUCUGACACAAUUGAAGCAAACUGGAGCUAUUGCAUCACCAUCACCAAAACGAUUUGCCUCUGAUUGGGAGGAGGCGAAGGAUGCGAUUGGCGACGGCAGCACACUCGAAUACGAGAGCAAUACGGUGGCUUCGUCCAGCUGUGCAUCUAUUGGGGCGCUGAGCCACACCAGUCCUUUCACAAGCCCAGGCGAUGCAAUGGGCCCGUCAUCGUCGACGAGCAUGCUGGAACCAGGUAAAGAUUGUCCCAAUCACAUGCUGGCGUUCCAGUCUGAUCCGUCACUCCCUGCGCUCCUGAGCGGAGCCAGCUCUGUGUCAGCUGAUAUGGAAGGUGACUUUUUGGGCGAUCCUGGGGUUGUCAAUAGGCAGUCUUUGAUUGAUGCCGACCCAUUCACACCGCCGGCGCUGGAGAAGACGGGGGCGAUGUACGGCUCGGAACACAUUCCGGUGGCAGGAUUGAAAGAUCAGCAAGAAUGGGGCAGCGGAGGUGCGAUACCGGUGGAGCUCGACCCCCACACGGCAAGAAGCACGCCGGCGGCGCCUCGUUCUAGGUCGCGACGAGUCAGUGUGGAUGACGAAGAUCAGGACAGCGAUAGCGACGGUGGCCUGACGAUGGCCAAGCCACGAAGGAGGGGACUCACGACGUCCCGAGAACAAGCGCCUUCCACGUUUGCACAUGGCGGACGAGUGCAGCUGGCGCGGCGCCGAGACACAAACACCAGCAUCGAGAGCACAGAGACGGCGAAGAAGGUGCCUGUGCAUUACGACUAG